CAGUGCCCGUGUGCGCUGUGUAUGUCCGCUGUGUGAGCUAUGUAACAGGAAAAAUAGUGCCACUUGCCUUCUGCUCAUCAUACAUAACAUCGCCUGGCGAGAAGCCUCUGUUCUGCUGAAGGUCUUUAAUGAGAGAAGCUCGCAAUUCCUGUGUUUACUCUCAGCAGUGAUAAAGUAGGACACUCGCUUACGAGGUAUACCAAGGCGUAACAGAACAGAAGGGCAAGUUACAGAGGAAGAAAACGGUUAUUUUGUCUACGUGGAAAGGUCUAUAGCCAAUCCAUGUUCAACCCAUGGUCUUUCUGUGGUUCUUGAAAGAGUAAGUUUAACCCCUCCAAAACAGAUGCUUCUGGCCGCCCCGAUUGGUGGGAGUGAUGUGUGAACUAGAUGUCCGGGCCAGCCAAUCAGUAGACCGUGAGAGUGUGCUGACAGUCAGAGCUGCAGUGUUUCUACCAGAGAGAGAGAGAAAGUGGAGGACAGGAGCACAGGCAGAGGAAGAGGAGGGAGAAGAGGGAGAGGAGCAGAGGGGAGGAAUGGGCAUUGGUAAAAACACCACCUCCAAAUCCAUGGACUCCACCACUGAGCUUGGCAAAUAUGAGGAGGAGAACAAACACAGUGCACACUUCUACCCCAUCCCAGUGGUUAACGGUGUUGUCCAGACCCCUGGAGAUCAAGACGCAGAGGACACAGAGCUCAUGGCCAUUUAUGCCAAAGACUGCCAGAUGGAGGACAAAUGCUCCAUAUCAGAGACGGUGGACAGUGCAGACAGCAUAGACACAAGGAGAAUGGAAAUGAUAUACACCAUAGAGGACACGCCACCUUGGUACCUGUGUGUGUUCCUGGGUUUACAGCAUUACCUUACCUGCUUCAGUGGGACUAUCGCUGUGCCCUUCUUGCUGGCAGAGGCCAUGUGUGUGGGUUAUGACCAGUGGGCCACCAGUCAGCUGAUUGGUACCAUUUUCUUCUGUGUGGGAAUCACCACCCUGCUGCAGACCACCCUCGGCUGUCGGCUUCCGUUAUUUCAGGCAAGUGCUUUUGCGUUUCUCGCACCAGCAAGAGCCAUUCUUUCAUUGGAUAAAUGGAAGUGUAACACAACAGCUGUUCUUGUAUUAAAUGGCACAGAGCUGCCCCACACAGAAGACAUCUGGUACCCCAGGAUACGAGAGAUCCAGGGUGCUAUCAUAGUCUCCUCUAUGAUAGAGGUGGUCAUAGGGGCCUUAGGUUUGCCAGGUGUCUUGUUGAAGUACAUUGGACCACUCACCAUCACCCCAACUGUCACUCUGAUUGGCCUCUCAGGCUUCCAGGCGGCUGGAGAGAGGGCGGGCAAACACUGGGGCAUCGCCAUGCUAACCAUAUUCCUGGUGCUGCUGUUCUCUCAGUAUGCGCGUAACAUCCAGUUGCCGCUCCCCAUCUACAAAUCCAAGAAGGGCUGGACUUCUUACCGCCUGCAGUUGUUCAAGAUGUUUCCUAUCAUCAUGGCGAUCUUGGUGUCCUGGGUUCUGUGUUUCAUCUUUACGGUGACCGACGUGUUUCCUCCCGAGAAAGACAAGUAUGGGUUCUACGCCCGUACAGAUGCCCGACAGGGCAUCUUGGCAGCCGCCCCCUGGUUCAAGAUACCUUACCCCUUCCAAUGGGGGCUGCCCACAGUGACGGCAGCCGGGGUGAUUGGCAUGCUCAGUGCUGUGGUUGCCAGUAUUAUAGAGUCCAUUGGAGACUACUACGCCUGUGCCCGUCUCUCCUGUGCCCCUCCACCACCUAUACAUGCCAUUAACAGAGGGAUCUUUAUGGAGGGUCUUUCCUGUGUUCUUGAUGGUGUCUUUGGGACAGGGAAUGGCUCCACAUCUUCCAGCCCAAACAUCGGUGUUCUGGGCAUCACAAAAGUGGGCAGCAGGCGGGUCAUUCAGUAUGGUGCUGCUCUGAUGCUGUUACUGGGAAUGGUGGGUAAAUUCAGCGCUCUUUUCGCAUCAUUGCCUGACCCAGUUCUGGGAGCGCUGUUCUGCACGUUGUUCGGCAUGAUCACUGCCGUAGGCCUUUCCAACCUGCAAUUUGUGGACCUCAACUCUUCCCGCAACCUGUUUGUCCUUGGCUUCUCCAUCUUUUUUGGCCUGGUCCUGCCCAGUUAUCUCAAAGAGAAUCCCCUAGUCACCGGUAUAGUACAGAUAGAUCAGGUGCUAAACGUUCUCCUAACAACUGCCAUGUUUGUUGGAGGUUCUGUGGCAUUUAUGUUGGAUAAUACUAUUCCUGGCUCACCGGAGGAAAGGGGAAUCCGAAAGAUGAAUCGUGGAAGCAGUGCAUCUAAACGGGACAGAAUGGAAUCUUACGACCUUCCGUUUGGUAUGGACUUCCUGCGCCGCCAUCGCAUCUUCCAGUACCUCCCCAUCAGCCCCACUUUCACUGGCUACCAAUGGAGUGUUCUCACCCAUAGCUGCCACAAGCGGAGAAACAGGAGAGAGGAUGACAUUCCAGCAAAGCCAGAACUGGGAGAUAGUGGGGUAUAGUUUUAGCCUCAGUAGAUUUUAGGUGAGAGAUAAUGGUCAUUGCAAAGCUUAAUUUUUACCCAGUCAGUUAAAACCCAGUCCUCUGCUGUUUUAGUCCUUUAGUAAACAACCAGCUACAGUUUUCAUCCCACAGUCCUUUAAAAGCUCUGAAACUCUGGAUAAUUUUUUGUUCAACUCAUGGAGUUGCCAACACUAAGGUUUGUUUCUAGCUGUUGAUAUGGCUGUUGCUAAAACUUUGACAGCACAAAAGCUUGAGAGAUUGUUUCAAGGUGUCUCCAUGACAACGCUGAGUAGAUGCAAUGCAGGUUGCAAUGGUUUAUCUCUAUUUGUGUGGGAGGACAGGAAAACAGAGACUAAUCUACCAAUUUACAGAAAAUCUACCGAAUUUCAGACAUCAGUGUUCCUUGUUUAGCAGACCUGCACUGCUCUGUUUGCACAAAGCAUCAUUAGAAACCACAGUGUAGAUUGGAUAUGCUAGAUUUUGAAUUUACAAGUACUAGUAAUGCCUAGUGACCAUUGUCUCACACCUCCACAUUUACACGUAUGCACACAAACACAUGCCCAAACUUGUUUAAUGCAUGUCGCUGGCUGAGAACCUAUUAAUGCCAGUGACUUAAGGUUUACAUUGAAAUAAAAGGUUAGUGGGCUUUAUGUUUGAACUGCACUGCUUGUUAAAGCAAGAAUUAACGCACAAAAUGUAGUCGUACCUACUUUGCUCGUUCCUAAUUUAACUUCCAGUGUCUUCUUUCCAAAAAUCAAACUCUUGUCCAUGUCCAAGUACCUUAAUUACAUCCAUAUGCCUUAAAUGUGUGGAAAAUUAUUUACUCAUUCAAAAUUGCUGUCAUUUGUUUUAGGCAGGCAUGAUAUAGUAAAUGGCAAUAGUUCUUUAUGUCCAUUAGUGCUGUUAUUUUGAUGAAUAGCAAGUGCAAAGUGGCAUUUUCAUACUGGGGUUAAGAAAAGGAUAUUACCUGGUUUUACAUUUUUCUUAUCAGCAGUAAGAAAUGCCAUUUCUGCCGGAUGCAGAUAGCUAUGCAGCAAGUACAAAGAUACGAAAAAAGCAAUGAAUGUAUAAUCAAGUGUAUGGUUUGCAAAAGAAGGAAGACUGAAAGAGAAGGAAAGGAAAGAAUAGCUUGAAUAUUUCAUUCAGGCAGUCUGUUUGAAACAUGUUUUUACCUGGAUCUUUCCAUCUGUAGAAUCCUGUUCAGUACGCCAAGUUUCUGAUCUGUUCUUCAUUUGUUAAAGGUGGCACUUUCCUCACUGCUGUUCAAAGGAAUGUGGUUUAAUAUGUAAAUCCUAAGGCACUGCACAUGUGGUAGGUUUUGGGCACAGAGAGGAAAAGAAUGCCGGUGAUGGGCAUUUUUUGACUUGCUUUCCAACUGUACAAAUCCAUUUAUACGGAAUUAUCACAAGUUAUUCCUUACUAUUUAUGUUUUCUCUUUUGCCGAUACAAUUUUCUCAUGUUUGGUCUACAGGCUUGUUAUCUUUGGCUUAUAUUAAAAAAUCUGUCUAAACAACUUUAAAAUGUACAGUACACUAUCAGCAGGUUUUUUUUAAACACGUACUAUUUCCAUAUAAGAUUUCAGUCAGCUGUUGGUGGCUAUGAUGUCAAGCAGCCACUUUUUAAACAUCAAGACUGCUGUUUGAUGACAUCAGGGGACAUGAAAGUGCAUCUGUGCUUUGAUAACCUGGCUUAGAGCACCACCUGAUGGUUAUAAAUGCAUCAGAGGCUCACCGUCUCACUGUUUCCGGGUGCAGAGUUUCUUUUGUUAAUUUAUUUAUUUAUAUGUAGUAUGUCUACUAUCAUUGUAUAAAUUCUUUUUUUGCCUUGACAUCUGAAAGAAGAAACUCUCAAGAAAGCUUAGGUUUAAUUUGAUUUGUUGGAGUAACACAGUCCCAAGACUUACAACAUACCUGGUGGUUCCUCAGUCCGUCAUUCCAAGAAAUGUUUAUGUGAUAUUCCUUUUUUUUAAUUUAUUUUUUGUUGUUGUUGUUGUUGUUUCUAACAGAAAAUUGUUUUAUGCAAGGACCGUUUCACUUGGUAACUCAAUGUUGUUUUGUUUUCAACCUUAUUUUCAGAUUUUACAAAGGUUCUGCAGUCUUUCUGUGCAUUAUAACAGUAAAGGGUACUGUAGAACCUUGUUAGAGUGUAGAAGAACAAGUGACAGUAUUUGGGACCUGAAAAGCCAGAUCUGAGGCAGUGCUGUAUGCAAGGUGGUGGCAAAACACUUAUAGUUUAGUGGAACUUGGAACAGAGUGCUGCAAUAUUGAGCAGAAACGGAUGUAGAAUCCAAUUCACACAAAGUCAAGACAUGCAUUUGAUACAGUAAGCAUUACAGCUUGGAGGUAAUCAGAAAUCUAUGAGUGCAGCACUUUUUGUUACUAAAAUACAACAGUGAGCACUCCUGAGUGUGGUGUAAUGAUGAUUGUCUCAGAUUCUUUAUACAAAAUAAUCUACAGAAAGAUACAGAUUACCUUUAAAGUCACCCCCCUCAUUCACACCUUAUGCUUGCCGUUCUGUGAGUCCUAAUCUAAAAUAUUUUUCCCUCAAAUUGUAUAUUAUGUUAUUGAAUGCAGAAUAAGACUCAAAUGGACCUGCUUAUGAAGACCUCUCACUUCCUUUCAUUUAUUCAUCAGUGUUGAUUUUAAACCAAUAUUAAACAUCUAUCUUUGCCCAAAAUUCACAAUUAUUAGUGCUUAAUGCUUUAUUGAUGAUUAAUAUGGUUUUGAUAUGAGAAUAUUGUGAUAUGACAAGAUGAUUGGUUGAAACUCAGUAUCAGCUCAAAAUAGAAAGGAUGUGAUCGGUCUUAAUAACAUGGCUGCAGUGUGAUUCAAAUAUAUAAAACCCUUCAGUUAUUUUGAGGGGGACAUAUCUGAAGAAUAUACUUAGUUUAUCUGAAGUGUACAAUAUCUUUAAUGUUUAAUUCUUGUUUUUUAUAAGUUGUUUUGUGUUUUAGCGUCAAAAAUAAUGCAUAUAAUCUUAAAUCAUGCUGCAGAGCAUACAAUUUUGUUACAUUUUUAUUUAAGAGUAAAACAAGUUCUCUUUGUUAUCUUUUUUUUUAUCUGUAGUUCAAUGGAAUUGUUGUCAGCUAGAACUUUUUCAUAUUGUAUUUUUCUAACAUUGCUUCCUGUUCAUGUUAAAAGUAGUACAAAUGGACAAAGAGGUAAAAUACAGUAAGACUAUUAUAAAUUUUUAUUGAAUUGAAUAAAGAUUGUAUUAUAUUCUUGGACCAGGCGUUGCAGUUCCUGUUAGUAGCAUCAGCAGAAAUUGUUUUGUUCCUUGUUCCAAAAAAAUAUUUAAUAAGAUGUUUCUGAUCAAAU